CCAGUGGCUACGGAAGACUAUAAUCCAUGCGCAUUCGGCUUGACCACUUCCUCAUGCAGGUAAAGGCUGCUUUCUACUUAUUCAAGGUGCAUCUUCAUUCUUCUGUCCUCAUGAGUUGUGUCUUCGUUUAUGGCACCCUGAAGAAGGGGCAGCCCAACUACCACCGUAUGUUUGACAGCAACAAUGGAAAGGCAGAGUACCUCGGCUCAGCAUUCACCACCGAGAAAUACCCGCUAGUGAUCGCCACCGAGUACAACAUCCCUUUCCUCCUCCACAUCCCUGGCCAGGGUCUCCGAGUAUACGGGGAGAUCUACAAAGUGGAUGAACAAAUGCUGAAAUUCCUGGAUGACUUUGAAAGCAUUCCCGAAAUGUACCAGCGUACGGUGGUCCAACUGGAGGUGAAGGAGUGGGCAGGGAAGUCAGAAGGAGAGGAGAUAUUGUCACCGGGGAGCAUCACGGAGGCGUUUGUGUACAGCACGACGACGUACCGGCCAGACUGGCCCUCGCUGCCGUGCCACGAGAGCUACGACACAAAGGGAGAUCAUGGGCUCAAGUAUACAUGCAGAGAAGCACGAGAGUGAUCUCACCGUAAUGAUAUAACUGACAAAUCGACCUCUGUAUACUGUUAGCAGAACAGGUGGAGAAGAUCUCAGGAAAAUAACACCUGGACACACGCCUGGUUCAGUGUAUUGUUUCCUGUUGUGUUGAAUUGAAAGAAAUCACAAGAAAAAUCUAUUGUUGCUUGAUAGACAUACAGUGAAAGUAGAGAUUAAAAGUGGAAAAGGCCACAGAUCACCACUGAAUGUUCCACAUUAAUGAUGUUGUUUACAAAAUUGCCUUUAUUUUUAUGAUUUAAAUUUAUAAUCAUUAUGAUCAAACUGGAAAGCUUUUAUUUCGGCAUAAUGCUGCAACAUGAACUUUAUCUUAAAUGCUGAAUAUUUUAUUAUAUUCUGCUAUUACACUACCUGUGAAACUGCUAAAUACAUGUACUUAGUAAGGGUGAUAAAUUCUGCAUGUACUGUAAUGUCGAUAAGCAAAUCCUUGCAGCCGUCACGUUGUGAAAUUGCUGCACUGUAAACAAGGGAAAGCACGGCAAACUUUUCUCAUGUACUGUCAGAUUUUUUUUUAGAACAUGACAACAGUGCCCAUUUACUCUUUAUUACUUUAGCUGUUGUUAACAUUCCCUGCAUAGCUGUCAGAAAUGGCAAUCUGUGCACGUUUUCCAUUGGGUAUUUUGUGGCAUUUUCCUUUCCAUUUUGUGUGUUUUCAGACACACCUCUUUUAAAGAAAAAUAUGUAAACACUGCAUGUGUAGUCAGUGCAGACUGCUUGCAGGAUCAGGUCCUGAGCUAAUAGGAUUUGACUGUGUAUAAAAAAUAAGCAUGUAGGUUCCAAGUGAAGCCAGUGCACUAGUGCCUUAAAUCUGCAUUCUUUUGAAUGGCCAGCAGGAGCGAUCCCUGUUAUUGCCAAAACAAGUCUGGUUGUGUAGAAGCUGCUCACUUGAUUUAUGACCUCACUAAGCACUUUCCUGAUGAGUGUAUGACCUCAGUUGCUGGUUUAAAGUCUUAUUUAAUGGUAUAUAGAAUAAAAUAAGAGGAUGAAGCAGGGUAUGCUUUUGAGCACUAUACCACAGAUAUGCACUAUGACUUUACACUAAUCUGCACAGUGUUUAAUCACUUAUAUUCUGCUUCUUUUUUUUUUUUGAUUACCUGGAAAGUAAAACUUGCUCAUUUCUGAUUUAUUUUGUAUGAUCUUCCAUACAUGCUGUGUCUAUCCCCUCCAGGGUUCUCCAACUAUGACAAUUCAAUAAAA